AUGUCAGCAUUAUUUCAGUUUAAGCCUCACAUUAAAUCAAUAGACAAUUUUAAAAACCCUGAUGUAUCAUUAACUUUAAGGAGAAAUCGAUUAUUAUGGAAAAUUAAUAUUAAAAAAAAAAAUACGAGCGAAGGAUUAAAUGAGAGCAAAAACGAUUAUAUGAACACCAUGGAUUUAAAUAACAAUAUAAAAAUGCAGAAUAUUAUGUAUAGUGAUCAAGAUAAUAUUAAAUCAUUAAAAGAAAAUAAAAAGAACGAAAAACGUGCAAAAAAAGUAUUAAAAAAAUCAUUAAUGCGUAAAAUGAAAUCCCAGAAAGUUUAUAAAAGAAAAAGACCUAAAUUAUAUAAUAUUUUUGCACUAAUAGACUUCCAUAUUGAAAAAAAAAUAUUUUAUAGAAUGUGUAAGAUACAUAACUUGAUUAAAGGCAGGAAUAUAAAUAAAAACAUAAAUGGAAUCCAUCAAUACAAAAACAUCAUAAUUAUAUUUUCUUUGCCUCUGAUAAUUUUUGCCUCAGGAGCUAUUUUUUUUCCUUUAAAGCAUUACUUAUUUAAGAAUGAAACAUAUCUACCUUAUGGCUCCUUGGCUUCUUCCGCAGUAUCAUUAUUGAUACUCAUAUAUAUUUUAAGAAAAAUUUUAAAAACUUCAUACUAUCAUACAACUGCUUGUAUGUGUUACAAUUAUUUAAGGAUAAUUAGUUAUACAUGUUUUUAUAAAUCUAUUAUAUUUUAUAGAAAUUAUUACCGUUGCACAAAUGAAUAUAUGCAUGAUGUUAUUUGA